GAGUGGACUACCUUUCUCUACUGAGAUUUUUCCAAGGCUUCAAACUCUUUUUAGAAAACCAAAAAACAAAAACAUGUCUCUCCUCUUUCCAUCGUCUUCCUCGUGAAAGAAACUUCUCGAUCUUUUUUUUUUUUCUCUUCUCAAACUUGUUCCACGGGAUACUCCCACUCUACUACGCCACUCGUUUUGCCUUUCUUGUUAUUUUUAAUCUCCUCAUUAUCCCUAAUUAAUUAAAAAAGCGAAUCUUUUUAUUUGACUUGUUUCACUUCCAGCGUUAUCGGGUUUUAUACUCCUGAAUUUUCGCCGAUUGUAUCAAUCUAGAAACAUCCGGGGAGAUUAAAGGGGGUUUCUUUAUUAAAAAGGUGUGUGAGAGAGAGAGAGAGGAUAACCAUCAACCAUGGCUACGGGAAGUUUGAAGAAGAUGGGAUCCAUAGAUGCUCAGCUCAGGCUUAUUGCUCCUGCUAAGGUCUCUGAAGACGACAAGCUUGUGGAGUACGAUGCUCUCUUGCUGGAUCGGUUUCUCGAUAUUCUUCAGGAUUUGCAUGGCGAAGAAGUCAGAGAAUUCGUUCAAGAAUGCUACGAGGUAGCUGCUGAUUACGACGGGAACCGCAACACUGCUAAGCUAGAGGAGCUCGGAAACAUGCUAACGUCUCUGGACCCAGGAGACUCAAUCGUUGUCACGAAGUCAUUCUCCAACAUGCUUAGCUUGGCUAACUUGGCCGAGGAAGUCCAGAUUGCAUACAGGCGCAGGAUCAAGAAGCUUAAGAAAGGAGACUUCGCUGAUGAGGCAUCCGCAACAACUGAAUCCGAUAUUGAAGAGACUCUCAAGAGGCUGUUGCAGCUUAACAAGACCCCUGAAGAGGUCUUUGAUGCUCUCAAGAACCAGACUGUUGACUUGGUCUUGACCGCUCAUCCUACCCAAUCUGUUCGCCGGUCUUUGCUCCAAAAGUUUGGAAGGAUUCGUGAUUGUUUGACACAGUUAUAUGCAAAAGACAUUACUCCUGAUGAUAAACAAGAACUCGAUGAAGCUCUUCAACGAGAGAUUCAAGCUGCUUUCCGCACUGAUGAAAUCAGAAGAACUCCGCCUACACCACAAGAUGAGAUGAGAGCAGGGAUGAGCUACUUCCACGAGACAAUCUGGAAAGGAGUUCCUAAAUUCCUGAGACGCGUUGACACUGCUUUGAAGAACAUUGGAAUCAACGAGCGUGUUCCCUACAAUGCACCUCUCAUUCAGUUCUCUUCUUGGAUGGGUGGAGACCGUGAUGGAAACCCUCGAGUGACUCCUGAAGUUACAAGAGAUGUAUGCUUACUAGCAAGAAUGAUGGCUGCUAAUCUCUACUUCUCCCAGAUUGAAGAUCUUAUGUUUGAGAUGUCCAUGUGGCGUUGCAAUGAAGAACUUCGUGUACGUGCAGAAGUUCAAAGAUGUGCCAAAAGAGAUGCCAAACACUAUAUAGAGUUUUGGAAACAAAUCCCUUCAAAUGAGCCAUACAGAGCUAUACUCGGAGACGUUAGGGACAAACUCUACAACACGCGCGAGCGUGCGCGUCAGCUCUUGUCAAGCGGAGUCUCAGACAUUCCUGAAGACUCGGUGUUCACAAGUGUCGACCAGUUCUUGGAGCCGCUUGAGCUUUGUUACAGAUCGCUAUGCGACUGCGGAGACAGACCUAUAGCCGACGGAAGCCUGCUAGACUUCUUGCGCCAAGUGUCUACGUUCGGUCUCGCCCUUGUGAAGCUCGACAUCCGUCAAGAAUCCGACCGACACACCGAUGUUUUAGACGCUAUCACGCAGCACUUGGGCAUAGGUUCUUACAAAGAAUGGUCGGAGGAGAAGAGGCAAGAGUGGCUCUUAUCCGAGCUGAGCGGGAAACGCCCCCUCUUCGGACACGACCUUCCCAAAACCGAGGAGAUCGCUGACGUGUUGGACACGUUCAAAGUCAUCUCCGAGCUUCCUCACGAUAGCUUCGGCGCGUACAUCAUCUCGAUGGCCACUGCUCCAUCAGACGUCCUCGCUGUCGAGCUUCUACAACGUGAAUGUGGAAUCACUCAUCCUCUCAGAGUCGUCCCCUUGUUCGAGAAGCUAGCUGAUCUAGAAAACGCUCCUGCUUCGGUGGCGCGUCUCUUCUCCAUAGAGUGGUACAGGAACCGAAUCAACGGCAAGCAAGAAGUCAUGAUCGGUUAUUCAGACUCGGGCAAAGACGCGGGACGUUUAUCCGCGGCGUGGCAGCUGUACAAGACGCAAGAGGAGCUGGUGAAGGUUGCCAAAGAGUACGGAGUGAAGCUGACUAUGUUUCACGGGAGAGGUGGGACUGUUGGGAGAGGAGGUGGGCCGACGCAUCUCGCUAUCUUGUCUCAGCCUCCGGAUACUAUCCACGGGCAGCUUAGGGUGACGGUUCAGGGGGAAGUUAUUGAGCAGUCUUUUGGAGAGGAGCAUUUGUGUUUCAGGACGCUUCAGCGUUUCACUGCUGCUACGCUUGAGCAUGGGAUGCAUCCGCCUGUUUCUCCUAAGCCUGAGUGGCGUGUUCUUAUGGAUGAGAUGGCUGUGAUUGCUACUGAGGAGUAUCGGUCUGUUGUCUUCAAGGAGCCUCGUUUUGUUGAGUACUUCCGUCUGGCAACACCUGAGCUUGAGUAUGGAAGGAUGAACAUAGGAAGCAGACCAUCAAAGCGAAAACCGAGCGGAGGCAUUGAAUCUCUACGUGCAAUCCCAUGGAUCUUUGCCUGGACUCAGACAAGGUUUCACUUGCCGGUCUGGCUAGGCUUUGGAUCAGCGUUCAAACGCGUGAUCCAGAAAGACGCCAAGAAUCUCAACAUGCUGAAAGAGAUGUACAACCAGUGGCCUUUCUUCCGCGUCACAAUCGAUCUAGUCGAAAUGGUUUUCGCCAAAGGAGACCCUGGGAUCGCUGCUCUCUACGACCGUCUCCUCGUCUCUGAAGAGCUUCAACCCUUUGGUGAACAGCUUCGUGUCAACUACCAAGAGACCAGACGCCUCCUCCUCCAGGUGGCUGGUCACAAGGACAUUCUUGAAGGUGAUCCUUACUUGAGGCAAAGGCUGCAGCUGCGUGACCCAUACAUCACGACGUUGAACGUGUGCCAAGCCUACACGCUUAAGCAGAUCCGUGACCCGAGCUUCCAUGUUAAAGUGAGGCCACACUUGUCUAAGGACUAUAUGGAGUCUAGUAAACCAGCGGCUGAGCUAGUUAAGCUGAAUCCUAAGAGUGAGUACGCACCUGGACUUGAAGACACUGUUAUCCUCACCAUGAAGGGUAUAGCCGCCGGUAUGCAGAAUACCGGUUAAGGAAUGUGAAGUAAACCGGCUUUGUACCAUUCUCUAAAAUCUAUCUAUCUCUGCUAUGUAAUAUUUAUUCUACGAUGUGUUAAAUCUCUCUGAAUCCUCCGUACGCUUUCUUAUGAAUAUGAUAAUUUCUGGUUAAUGUU